CUUUAAAAGCUUUUCUAGAGCUAUCAACUAUCCCAUUUCUAUCCUCUAUUCUCUAUUUCUUUACCUGUGUGCUUGCCAGCUACACAGCUCCCCCGCUGUGCUGUCUGCCGUCUAUUGCUGUGCGCUGUGCUACUGUGCUGUCAAUCGACUACCCCGCCAGCAUGGUGAUCGUCGACGACCACGAAUACCUGUCGGAGGAGGAGAGGAGGCUGCAGGAGGAUCGCACGCGAGUCCGGUACUGGAAGAAAUGGGGUCCCUAUGUCGCCGAAAGACAAUGGGCGACUGGUGCGGAAAAUGGCGAUGCAUGGAGUCACUUUUCGCAUGACCACUCUCGCUCGCGAGCUUAUCGAUGGGGCGAGGAUGGUAUAGCCGGGGUCUGUGACAGUCAUGGUCAGCUUAAUAUUGGGUUUUCCUUUUGGAAUGAGAAAGAUGAUUUUUUGAAGGAAAGGCUGUUUGGUCUUUCGAACCCGCAGGGAAACCAUGGCGAGAGUAUCAAGGAGUGUCAUUUCCAUCUGGAUAAUACGCCUACGCACUCUUACAUGAAGUACCUAUACAAGUACCCCCAGAAGAAGUUCCCCUACCAGGAUCUCAUUGACGAGAACGCCCGUCGGGGAAAGAAAGACCAUGAAUACCAGAUUCUCGACACUGGUGUCUUCGCCGAGAACCGUUACUGGGAUAUCUUCAUCGAGACUGCCAAAGAAGGAGACGAUGAAGAGGAGCUGUCUUUCCGAGUCAUUGCUUACAACAGAGGACCCGAGCCAGCACCGUUGCACAUUGUUCCACAAGUCUGGUACAGAAAUACCUGGGCCUGGGGCUGGGAGGAUAAGGAGAAGAAGCCUCUGAUCCAACAGGCAACCCCCCUGCUAGUCAAAUCUUCGCAUCAUCGUCUCGGCGAUCGCUACGUGCGUCUCUCGCCAUCGCCGCCGUUUAAUGGCGGGGACGACGAUAUUCAACCCCGUCUGCUCUUCACUGAAAAUGACUCGAAUAAUGAAACCUUGUGGGGGACCAAGAAUGAUCAGCCUUAUGUCAAGGAUGCAUUCCACCGAUAUAUCGUUGACGAGGAGAAAGACGCUGUCAAUCCAGAAAACGAGGGAACUAAAUUUGCAGCUUGGUAUGCUUUUGAUGAGGGAGAUGGUGUUCCGCCAGGCGAGUGCGUUGUCGUGCGCUUCCGAUUCUCUAGGAAAAAUGAGGAAUAUGUCAACGAAGAGGAGCUCGACGAUGUAAUUGACAAGCGCAAGGACGAAGCAGAUGACUUUUACUACCGAAUCAGCCCUCUGCCUAUUGCUGAUGACCUUAGGAACAUUCAAAGACAAGCCCUGUCGGGCAUGUUGUGGACCAAGCAGUACUACCACUUUAUCUGGGACCAGUGGGCCAACGGUGAUCCAAACACAGUCCCUCCUCCUCCAGGCCGAAAGAACGUUCGCAACCAGCAAUGGAGACAUAUGUAUCUAGAUGACAUACUGUCAAUGCCUGAUUCCUGGGAAUACCCAUUCUUUGCAGCAUGGGACACCGCUUUUCACUGUAUCCCGCUCUCCAUGGUCGACCCCGACUUUGCUAAGAAGCAGCUCGAUCUGCUGACCAGAGAAUGGUACAUGCACCCCAAUGGUCAACUGCCAGCCUACGAGUGGAACUUUGGCGACGUGAACCCGCCUGUGCAUGCCUGGGCUGUCUUUCGCACGUUCAAGAUCGAGCGGAAAAUGUACGGUCGUCAGGAUCUCGACUUUCUGGAGCGUGUUUUUCAAAAGUUGCUUCUGAACUUUACGUGGUGGGUUAAUCGGGGCUUCCUGGGUCUAGAUAAUAUCGGUCUUUUCAACCGCUCCGAGCCGCUGCCUACCGGUGGUGUGCUGGAGCAGGCUGAUAGUACCGGCUGGAUGGCUUUUUACUGUCUCAAUAUGUUGAAUAUUGCUCUUGAACUUGCCAAACACCGCCGUACCUACGAAGAUAUUGCAUCGAAAUUCUUCGAGCACUUCAUUUUGAUCAGUGAUGCCAUGACAUUCAGAAACAAGGACGGAGAAGCUUCUCUCUGGAAUGAAGAGGACUGCUUCUACUAUGAUGCCAUCUCACAUGGAGGUCCUUGGACACAGCAACUCCCAGUGCGCUCGCUAGUCGGGUUGAUCCCAUUGUACGCGGUACUCACUCUCGAACCUGAAAUCAUCAACAAAUUCCCCUCAUUCAGACGCCGACUGAACUGGUUCAUUGAUAACAAAACCGACGUCGCCGAGCGUAAUAUUGCCAGCAUGCGUCGACGCGGUAAAGAUGACCGUCUCCUCCUUGCUCUUGUCAGCAGAGAUCGUCUCGAGAAGAUCCUCCGACGAAUGCUAGACGAGACCGAGUUUCUUUCUGACCACGGCAUCCGAUCUCUCUCCAAAUACCAUGAAAAGAACCCGUACUCAAUGCAUGUCAAUGGCCAGGAGUUCAAAGUUGGCUACGUUCCGGGCGAUUCGGACAGCGGGUUGUUUGGUGGAAACAGUAAUUGGCGUGGCCCGAUCUGGAUCUGUGUGAAUUUCUUACUGAUUGAAUCUUUGCUCCGCUUUUAUAUGUUCUAUGGUGAUUCGCUCAAGGUCGAGUGUCCUACUGGUUCGGGAGAUUACAUGCAUCUAGGACAUGUUGCAGAGGAGCUGCAACAUCGCUUGCAGCAUCUGUAUGCUAGGGAUUAUGAUGGCCGACGUGCAAUCAACAAUGGGAACGACCUCCUUGACUUUGACAAGCACUGGAAGGAUUACCUGUGGUUCUACGAAUUCUUCGACGCCGACACUGGGCGAGGAUUGGGAGCGACUCAUCAGUGUGGAUGGACGGGACUUCUCGCCAAAAUCAUCCACGAUACAGGCCUGAACUGCCGCCUUCCCCAAACCCCGCGCACCCCAUCUACUGCCGCAGCGCAUUACUUCGACGACAUCUUCUCUCGCUCCACCAAACCGACGCGGCCCUCCGAAAGCCGACUACUCCGGCGCUCAUCAACGAGUCGCUCAAUCGGAAACCGCAGUGACUUUGAAACGGUGCUGAAUGGGGACGCAGAAGAGAGCGAAGACGGCGCGCAGUCUUAUGACGCCUCUGCAGCUCCAACCCACGAGACCAAUGUGCAUUUUAACAACUACGUUACGGACCAACUCAACCGCGUGCGGAGCCGCACGUCGCUUGCUGCCUAUGAAGAUGAAUUCGAGGCGCAGCUAGAUGCAAACGGUACAAAUGGGCAUUAAACAGUAUACUAUUGGUCUUAAUUAUAAAGGGAUGGUAUAUACAAUAUACACUAGUAUAUAGAAAAGAUGGCUGCAAAUUUGUGAUGUCUAGUAGACGGGGAUAUUAUCGAAUCUAUAUUUAGGUGAUUUAAUGGAGUUGGCAAGAAAUUGAUGAAGCUGCUAUCCAAUAAUACACUUUAGUGCAAAUUAACGUUUUUCACACCACUCCCACUGUCAUCAACCAGUGCAUGAAUCACUGUAUCAAU